AAGGAGAAAAGUAAACCCAAAAAAAAAAAAAAGAAAAGAAACGAAAUGGCUCUUCUUCACCUCUCUCUUUUAGCUUCAAAGUUGUCUAUCUUCUGCCCUAUCACCAACAGAAAUGUUGUUAUCGGAAACGUUCCUAACAACUACGGCGUUCCACCAUCUCAAAAUUAUUAUCAACCUCCUAUUAUUAGGUUAAAAUCUGUUGGAGUUGGAGGUAGGAUGUGCUUAAAAGCAUCAACACGAUCUGAUAAUGUUAUUGUGAGACAGUGUGCAAAUUAUCAUCCCCCUAUGUGGAAAGAUGAAUUUAUUCAAUCAUUACAUAAUGAUUACAGGGGAGAAACAUAUCAAAGACGGCUCAACCAACUCAAAGGACAAGUUAAGACGUUGCUCCGAGAAAGAAGAGAUUCUUUGGAGCAACUAGAGCUCAUUGAUACCUUACAAAAUCUUGGAAUAUCAUACCACUUUGAGAGUGAAAUUAAAGAUAUCUUAGAAAGAAUAAGCAACAAGUUCUACAAAGAGGACCAGAAGACGAAGGGUCUCUAUGCAACUUCACUUGAAUUUAGACUCCUAAGACAACAUCAAUUUUAUAUUUCCGAAGAGGUUUUCAAUGCCUUCAAAGAUGAGAUGGGAAACUUCAAAACAUGCUUUUAUGAAGAUAUAAAUGGAAUGUUAUCAUUAUAUGAAGCUUCAUUCUUAUCAAUCAAAGGGGAAACUAUUUUAGAGAUAGCAAAAUGCUUUGCAAUCAACUACUUAAAGGAAUACAUCAAAUCAAGCAAAGAUGACCUCAAAGUAGAGAUCGUAAAGCAUGCCUUGGAGCUUCCCUUACAUUGGAGGAUACAAAGAUUAGAGGCAAGAUGGUUUAUUGAUAUAUAUGAGAGAAAUAGAACCAUAAACCCUAUUCUUCUUGAAAUUGCUAAGCUUGAUUUCAACAUUGUGCAAUCUAUCUACCAAGAAGAUCUUAAAUAUGCAUCAAGUUGGUGGAAAAACACGGAGCUUGGACAAAAGCUGAGCUUUGCAAGGGACCAGUUGAUGGAAAACUUCUAUUGGACAAUAGGCAUUGGAUUUGAAGCAGAGCUUACAUAUUUUAGAAGAAUGGGUACAAAGAUUGUGUCAUUGAUAACAAUGAUUGAUGAUGUUUAUGAUGUCUAUGGCACAUUGGAGGAACUCAAGCUCUUUACAAAUGCUAUAGAGAGGUGGGAUAUUGUUGCAAUGGAUCAACUUCCCGAGUAUAUGAAACAAUGUUUGCUUACUCUCUAUGAUUCAAUAAAUGAGAUAGCUUCUGAAGCACUGAGCAACCAUGGAGUUGAUGUCAUGCAAUACCUUAAGAAAGUGUGGGUAGAUUUGUGCAAAUCUUAUCUAAUAGAGUCAAAUUGGUAUCAUGGUGGUUAUAAACCAACAUUGGAAGAAUAUAUGAACAAUGCAUGGAUUUCAGUAGCAGGACCAAUUAUGUUAGUUCAUUCAUAUAUUUUUGUAUCAUCUCAAAUAACUGAGGAGGAAUUGGAGAGAUUGACACAAUAUGCUAACACAAUUCGUUGCUCAUCAACAAUUAUGCGACUUGCAAAUGACCUACUAUCACCAUUGGAUGAACAAAACGUUGGUGACGUUCCAAAAUCAAUUCAAUGUUACAUGAAUGAGAAAGGUACAUCUGAGAAGAAUGCUCGUGAAUAUAUAAGAUAUUUGGUAGAUGAGUUAUGGAAGAAGUUAAAUGAAUAUGAUGGUGAGAAACUGGUAUCCUCUCAAACCUUCAUCAAGAUGUCCAAGAAUCUUGCGCGGAUAUCUCAACAUAUGUAUCAUUAUGGAGAUGGACAUACCAUAGAUCGUGACAAAGUAAAAGAAACUGUAGUGUCUCUUCUUGUAAUGCCUAUUACCAUUCAUUAAUAUAAAAAACAAUAAGCUUAUUGGAAUAAAAUAUUACAAUUACAUAAGGCUAUGAUAAACUUUUUGAUGGGAUUGGAAUUCCAAGCAGCGAAAGUAAUUGGACGCAUUAAUC